CCCUUCGCUCAACAGAAACAAGAUGGCCGCCAGGGCGAUUGGUAGGGCCACAGUGAGAGCUGUCACGUCAAAACGGCUAAUCCCACAACGGGUACCGCUUGUUUUGACACAGUCUGCUGUCGGCAAGCUGAAACAACUUAUGGAGAACAAGCCAGAAAUGAUUGGUGUGAAGAUUGGAGUGAAGACACGCGGGUGUAAUGGACUAUCCUAUACACUAGACUAUGUCAGUGAGAAGGGAAAGUUUGAUGAGGAGGUGCUUCAGGAUGGUGUGAAGGUUUACAUCGACUCCAAGGCUCAGCUGACGUUGCUGGGAACAGAGAUGGACUUUAUUGAAUCAAAACUGUCUGCUGAGUUUGUGUUCAACAACCCCAACAUUACGGGUACAUGUGGGUGUGGGGAGAGUUUCAGUAUGUAGCACUGGGACGGCGUCAGUGCCAAGGCAGGUGUAUGAGGUUGCAAGGAAGGAGGCCGUGUUCUCAUAUGGCUGGGAUCUCAUUGUGCACUCAAGUCAACUGCUUGAUGAUUCCUUGUGGAUGUCUUUCUCAAACAGUUAGUUGUUCAAUAGGGGGCAUUCUGGUGUGAUUUUUGUAUAAUGGUUAGUUACUUCUGUUUUUAAGGAAAACAUAGUUUGUUUGUUUCAGCUGCAUAACCAAGUAGUUGAGAUUUCACAUCUCUUCUGCCUCAGAAAUUAGUUGUUGUUUUCAAGAAUAGAGGAGAAAGAAAGAGAUGAAAGUGUUUACUAUGUUUACUUUUUCUAUCAGUUUUAUUCAGCUCUAAGUUGUAGCAAAAUUGAAGCAUUGAGAACUGGUUCAAAAUAUUAGCUCUCAAAUGCUACUGGUCAAUAAGGAUUACCAAAAGUACCAUCAUUGGAUUUUUUCUUGUCCUUAACACAAUUUAGUAGUCACUGGCUUGCAGACUAGCAUGAAAUUUGAAGGCACUCUUGUUAUUUUAUAUUAAAUGGUUGUACUGGUUUCAAAAAAUACAUAAUGUUUUAUAAUUGUUCCAGCAAUGCAGUUUUCCACAACUAUUAACUGAACAGUAGUCUGAAUGAUUGUAAAGGCGUGAUUUAUUUUAGGUGUGAUCAACAAUUUACAGGUGAAAGCAUGGUAAAUUAUUUCUACUUUGUAAAUAUGGAAAAUGCAUUUAUGUUUUGUGAAUUCAGGAAAGUGUACAGUACAAGUUGGGGUGAAGUGUGCAUGUUGUUGGUAGCGUAUAUAGGGAUACAGACAGUCCCACUAAACAGUGGCCCUCAAAGUUGGUUUACAUCACCAUAGAAACAUGAUUUUCACUAUUUUAGAUUUGUAUAUUUUAUCUUAACAUGAAAAUGUUCAUCACAAAUGUUCAUGUGAUGUAGAACAUACAAAUAUUGAACUUUAAAAUUUUGUUUUACAGCUUAUGUUUAAGAUGUGUAAAUUGUAUUUUGAGAAAGGAUGCUUGCAUUUCGUUUGGGAAUACCACUGCAGUCAUAGGCAAUAUCCCAGCUAUGACACAGCAGUCUGCAGGUAAAUACAUCUGGACAAGACCCGCCCCGCCGGAGCCUCAGGACAUGAUUUGUGUGUGUGAUGGUGCACAGCAGGGGCUCACGUUGAACAACUCAAUCCCCAUUUUAGUCAGUAUGUUUACCUUGUGUAUGUAUGCUUGAGAGAAGCUGAAUGUGGUGUCUUUAUGUAUCCCAGAUAGUUGUGGCGUUCAGGUGCAUAAUCAUGAUAUUACAUAUGUAGAAAUGUUUUGAAUAGUAACUGCUGGAUCGAGUUUAAAAAAACAAUAAAAACCCACAAAUACGAAAAUAUGUUUCCCAGUUUACAACUGUGCUUUUUACAAGAUGUGUUUUUCGAACAUUUAAAUGUGCCCAUGGUGAACUCAGCGGCCUGUACAUAUUCUCGAGUUUGAAUUCCUAAUUUUUGUAUUUAUUUGAAACUCAUGUUUUAGUGCUUGGUGUGUAUUAUGUAGCCAUCAAUGAAGAUUUUGUAUAUGUUUGCAGAGAAAAGAUUUUGAAAUAUAUGUGAAACACUGA